GACACGCGGCAGGGACGCUCCGAGCCCCACGCGCCCCACGCGCCCACGGCCCCGCGCAGCUCCCACCAUGGCUGAAGAGCUGGUGCUGGAGACCUGCGACCUGCAGUGCGAGAGCAACGGGCGGCAGCACCGCACGGCAGCCAUGGGCUGCCGGCAGCUCGUGGUGCGCCGCGGACAGCCCUUCGGCCUCACGCUGCACUUCGCCGGCCGCGGCUACGAGGAGGGGCUGGACAAGCUCUCCUUCAACGUGGAGACAGGACCCUGCCCCUCGGAGAGCUCGGGCACCAAGUGCCACUUUGCGCUGAGCGACUGCCCCGAGGAGUCGAGCUGGAGCGCGGUGCUGCAGGAGCAGGACGGCGCCUCGCUCUCGCUCUCGCUCUGCUCGCCGCCCGCCGCCCGCAUCGGCCACUACCGCCUCACGCUCGAGGCCGCCACCGACUACCAGGGCACCAGCUUCAGCCUGGGCGACUUCGUGCUGCUCUUCAACCCCUGGCACCCAGAGGACACGGUCUUCCUCCGGGACGAGGAUGAGCGCAGCGAGUACGUGCUGUCGCAGCAGGGCCUCAUCUACCAGGGCRCUCGGGACUACAUCACUGCCACCCCCUGGAACUUCGGCCAGUUCGAGGACGACGUCCUGGCCAUCUGCCUCAAGCUGCUGGACACCAACCCCAAGUUCCUGCGGGACCAGGACCGGGACUGCUCRCGGCGCGGGGACGCGGCCUACGUGUGCCGCGUGGUGAGCGCCAUGGUGAACUGCAACGACGAGGACCGCGGCGUGCUGGCCGGGCGCUGGGACAACUGCUACGAGGACGGCACCAGCCCCAUGGCCUGGAUGGGCAGCGUGGACAUCCUGCGGCGCUGGAAGAAGCUGGGCUGCCAGCCGGUCAAGUACGGCCAGUGCUGGGUGUUCGCGGCCGUGGCCUGCACGGUGCUGCGCUGCCUGGGCAUCCCCAGCCGCGUGGUCACCAACUACAACUCCGCCCAUGACACCAACGGCAACCUGGUCAUCGACCGGUACCUGAGCGAGACGGGCGAGGCGGAGCGGCGCUCCAAGGACUCCAUCUGGAACUACCACUGCUGGGUGGAGGGCUGGAUGCGCCGGCCCGACCUGGCGCCCGGCUACGAGGGCUGGCAGGCGCUGGACCCGACGCCGCAGGAGCGGAGCGAGGGCGUCUUCUGCUGCGGCCCCGCGCCCGUCAAGGCCGUCAAGGAGGGCGACCUGCAGCUCAAGUACGACACCCCCUUCGUGUUCGCCGAGGUCAACGCCGACAUCGUCUACUGGAUCGUGGGCUCGGACGGCUCCGAGCGCAAGAGCACGCACACAUCCUUCGUGGGCAAGAACAUCAGCACCAAGAGCGUGGGCCGCGACACGCGCGAGGACAUCACCCACCACUACAAGUACCCCGAGGGCUCCGACAAGGAGAGGRAAGUGUUUGCCAAGGCCGAGCUGGAGAAGAGCUCCGUGCAGGAGGAGGACGAGGGGCUGCACCUCAGGAUUAAGCUCACCGAGGGCGCCAACAACGGCUGUGACUUCGACGUGCUGGCCGUCAUCCACAACAMCACCGAUGCAGAGCGCGUCUGCAGGCUCAUGAUCUGCGCCCGCACCGCCAGCUACAACGGCACCGCGGGGCCGCAGUGCGGCAUGAAGGACCUGCUGAACGUGGCGCUCGAGCCCCGCGCAGAGAAGCGCGUGCCGCUGCGAGUGCUCUACGAGCAGUACGGCGCCCACCUCACCCAGGACAAGCUCAUCAAGGUGGUGGCGCUGCUGACGGACCGCGAGAGUGGCGAGACGCUGCUGGCCAUGCGCGACGUCUACGUGGAGAACCCGCAGAUCCGGAUCCGGAUCCUGGGGGAGCCGGUGCAGCGGCGCAGGCUGGUGGCCGAGCUCAGCCUCACCAACCCGCUGGGCGUCCCGCUCGCCGACUGCGUCUUCGCCGCCGAGGGCGCCGGCCUCACCGAGGGGCAGCAGCGGCAGCAGCUGCCGGAGCCGGUGGAGCCGGGCGCCGAGGCCAAGGUGCGGCUGGAGCUGCUGCCGCAGCAGCCCGGCAUGCACAAGCUCGUGGUGGACUUCGAGAGCGACCGGCUGGCGGGGGUGAAGGGCUUCCGCAGCGUCAUCGUGGCGCCCGCGCCGCAGUGAGCGCCGGCGCCAAGGCAGGGCUCCGAGCUCCGCGCCGCCCCCGGCCUGUCCGCACGCACCGCCAGCCUGCCGGAGCCGCACAAGGAACAAGGACACGCUGCCCUCACCCCGGGCACCUGCUUCACUAACCGGGCCCAGCGCUGCCAACCUCCYGCCCUGAGCUAAGGGACGUUUCCUCGACAGGCACUAACCCCAYGAGCACUGAAUAAAACCCCUGUUUUCC